GAUAAACGCUCGUAAUGUCGUGUGUUAUGAUGUUGUGCGAGGUUUGUAGUAUAAAAGUUGGAGUGGUUUUUGAAAAUAUCGUUAGUUAUCUAAACACAGUUUGGUACUACAGUUUGGUUAGCUUCGUCUACACAAUUUGAUUUUAAAUUAAACAAAACUUACAACAAAAUGAAGGUUUUCGUAUGCCUAUUUGCUUUGGUAGCUGUUGCCCAGGCUGGAUUUUUGGGCCUUGGCGGUGGUAGCUCUGGUGGCUACAGCUAUGGCGCUGGCAGUGGUGGCUACUCCGGCGGUCACUCCGGUGGAUACUCUGGUGGUCACUCCGGUGGAUACUCUGGUGGUCACUCCGGUGGCUAUUCUUCCGGUGGCUAUUCAUCCGGUGGCAGCAGUGCUGCUACUGUUGUUAAAGUAGUCCAUGAAGGAGGUCUUGAUCAUGGUCAUGGUGGUGGCUUCGAUGGCGGUUACAGCGGUGGUUUCGAUGGCGGUUACAGCGGUGGUUUCGAUGGCGGCUAUGGCGGUGGUCAUGGUGGCGUAGAAGAUGUCAAAAUCGUUAAGGUCGUCUCUCACGGCUCCUCUGGCGGUCUUGGUGGCUACUCCGGUGGUCAUGGAGGUUUCUCUGGCGGCCAUGGUGGUUUCUCCGGUGGUCAUGCUGGCGGUGAUGUUAAAAUCGUUAAAGUAGUACAUGAAGAUGGUGGCUUCGUUGCUGGCGGUCACGGUGGAUUCUCCGGUGGUGAUGCUGGCUACUCUUAUGGCAUCGGUGGUGGUCAUGGAGGUUUCUCCGCUGGUCAUGGUGUCGGUGGUGAAGUGAAAAUCGUUAAAGUAGUCAGUGGCGGAAGUGGUGGUUACAGUGGCGGUCAUGGCGGUUGGUCUGCUGGUGGUCAUGGUGGUUGGUAAAUUUAACCACUCAUCUAUCCAACUCUAAACACAUCUGCCAUUUUUUUUUGUUAAACUAAUCUAAUCUUUCAUCUUUUGUGAUAUAUUUCCGUUGUUUUUCCUUUGUUCCUGUUUCUUCACCACUCACCUCACUGCAUUACAGAUUGGCUGUUAAAACCAAUCAUUUUGUUGCUAGUUUUUUAAGUUUCAACGUGUAGACAUUAUUAAUUUUUGUUAGUAAUUAAAACACUUUUUGUAAAUUGUUGACCAAAAAAAAUAAAAAUAUUAAAAAAAAAAUAAAA